AUGAUCGCUUCUCUCUCCUUAAGGCUCGCAAAUCUGAGAUCCUCCAAGAACCGCGCCACCAUCCUCCGCCGCAGCUCGCGAGCGUCGACGUCCUCGCCACCCAUGGCCUUGCGCGACGCCGGUGGCGGCGAUGACCUUGUCAACGACAUAGGUGAAUUAACCGGUGGCGACAGCAACCGAGUGGAGUUUUUGGGGGGUGGUGAAUCUUUAGGUGACAGGGACCGUGGCGGCGUGGCAAUUGGAGGAGGUGGCGAAUUUCGUGGUGGUAGUGAUGAUGAGUUGUUUGGUGGUGGUGCUGAUGGCUAUGGCGGUAGUGGUGAUAGUGGUGGAGAUGUAUUGUCAGAAGGGUUUGAUGGCGAGGGUAGUGAAGGGCUUCUUAAUAGAACUGGUGCUGACAGCGGUGGCGAUGGUGGACAACUAGGUGGAACUGGUGGCGGCGCCAAAGAAGUUGGCGGUAGUGAAAAUGACUAA